GGGCGUUGGGCAGGCUGGGGAAGGUGGGUAUGGAAGUCAGUGGUGAUUCUGUGUCCACGGUGAAAACACUUUCCCCAGUGCCGCUCCUUCCUCCUGUGGCACCCACAACGUCACUUGCAACAUGAAGCGAUCCCGUCAAAUUGGCCUUUUAACAAGAGUGGCCGUGGUGGUGCUCCUGGCCACUUCAGCAGAUACCAUGCGACGCAAGUAUGAAGCUCGCAAGCACUGGUGGGACCUCGCGCAGAAUGAGCUGGCGGCUGCCCUCAAUGUUCGAGACAACUGGAACGUGGCGAAGAACGUGAUCAUUUUCCUGGGCGACGGCAUGGGCAUCACCGCCAACACCGCCGCCAGGAUUUUCAAGGGCCAGAAGAAGGGCAUGAACGGCGAGGAGGGUUACCUCACCUGGGAGAGGUUCCCCAACGCGGCGCUGCUCAAGACCUACAACGUGGACAAACAGGUUCCGGACAGUGCAGGCACGGCCACGGCCUACCUGUGUGGAGUCAAGGCCAAUUAUUACACACUCGGCGUCGACCCGGAGGUGACCCUCGGAGACUGUGCAGCGGCGAGGAACCCGAUCUAUCACACGCCGUCCAUCCUGCAGUGGGCGCAGGAAGCCGGCAAAGACACAGGUUUUGUGACCACGACCCGCGUCACGCACGCCACGCCCGCAGCCCUGUACGCCCACUCCGCCCACCGAAACUGGGAGUGCGACGGCAAUCUAGGUCAGAUGGGCAUCGGCUGCAAGGACAUCGCGGAUCAGCUGGUGUCGGAAAACCCUGGCAGGAAUAUCAAGGUGAUCCUCGGAGGCGGGCGCCAGUCCUUCGGUGCGAGCACAGGGCCCGUGAAUAAGGACACAUGCAUUCGCCGUGACGGCCGUGACCUUACCCGGGAGUGGCUCGCUGACAAAGUGCAACGAGGUCAUAGCGCUACUUAUGUCACCAACGCCGGGGAACUGGCCAGCGUCGACUUGGACGAUACUGAUUUCCUCCUGGGUCUGUUUUCCGACACCCACGUCCCGUUCGAGGUUGACCGCGUGAACAGCCCCGCCGGCUCCCCCUCGCUCGCCGAGAUGGCUACCAAGGCCAUCAAGUUCCUCCAGAAGGGCGACAACGGAUUCUUCCUUCUGGUUGAGGGCGGCCGCAUCGACCACGCCUUGCACGACAACCUGCCCCACCGCGCCCUCGAGGAAGCCGUCGCCCUUGAUAGUGCAGUCGCUGCCGCUCUCGAGGAAGUGGAUCUGGAGGACACGUUGGUGUUGGUGACGGCCGACCACUCCCACGUCAUGACGAUUAACGGGUACCCCGAGCGUGGAAAUGAUAUUCUUGGUCUGACUGGUGACAUCUCUAAGAUUGAUAAUAUGCCCUACACGACGCUCAUGUUCACCAAUGGACCCGGUUACAACUACACCACAGACGGGAACAGGGUAAUCCGUCAUGAUCCCCGCACUGUGGACACGCGACAUGUAAACUACCGCAGUCAGGCCGCCGUGCCACUCCCGGCAAUCUCCGAGACGCACGGAGGAGAGGACGUCGCAGUCUGGGCCGCAGGGCCUAUGGCUCACCUCUUCCACCGCACUCACGAGCAACACUACGUUGCCCACGUCAUGGCCUACGCCUCCUGCGUCGGCCCCAGCGCUGGCAAGAGGUGCGAGAGGCCAUCCCACGCCACCUUUACCAGACCGCCGGUGCCUCAGGCCGUCGCCACCGCUACCGCAACAGCCACGUCGUCCGUAGGUGCCGCGGUUGCUUCAGCGGUGGCUUCCGGACAGUCAGCGCCGUCCGUGCCCUUCGUAGGACCGAAAUUCCCCACGUUAUCGCCGGUUCUACAACAGCUCAUUGAUGAUAACGAGCGCAAGAUUAUCGGUUUAUUAGGGCGAGACGUGCAGGGACGAACGCACAAGCCCGGAGUCAGUACGAAGGCAGGACUCCGGCCCCAGGAUUUCAUCGGCCUCAACGCCCUCACCAGCAUCCCGCACAGUCUUUAGACACCGCCUCCCAAGAAAGUCCGAAUUACCUCCGAUACGACCCGUGUGGUUGUCUCUCCCCAGUGAUUUUGUUAACACGGCUCAUGCAGGGUUUUUUGUUUGUUGUUAGGAAAUGUGCUUUGUUUUUUUGUGUUUUGUUUUUUGUAUUUUUUUUUUCUUUUGUGUUUCGUCGAUUUUUAAAAAAAAAAUAUUUGAAUCCUGGAUAAUAAGGGAUGAAAAGUUCCGUUUGACAGGGCGAAUACGAGAUAAUGUGUUUUAUGAUAGACUCAGAUCAUUAUUUUUAGCAUAACUUCUUUCAUCCAAAGGCUGCUACAAUUUGAGUGGCAGAAACUGUAAAUAGAGUUUAGAAUCAUCAGAGCAUCACUCUUCUUUUCCAUUCCUAAUAACAACGAUUAUACAACGGUGUGAUAAUGACUUGAUAUUUAUUCACGUUCACUGUUGAUCAUUCGUCCCUUGUAAAUGUGUAAAACCCCAGAGUAAAUGUUAUCACAUUGUGCAUUAACCACCGUCUGCAGAGUCAUCUACCUCCACCGUGCCCUUUGUCCCAGGUCUUAUUUGUCUUUCCUGCUUUUUAAAUUAUUAGUUAGAUCCUCUAUCUUCUAUUAAUUCCGUGACGUUGUGUGCAUCGCAGAAUCUUUUUUUAUCUGUAAUUACCAUUUAGAGGACUGUAUCACAUGUUUUAUAUAUUUUCGAGACUUGUCAAUUAUUUAUUUUAAAAGUAUAUGCAAUUAAAAAAGUAUUUGCAAUA